AUGGCGGCAGUGAUGACGCUAGUGCCUUUCCUUGUGCUCUCGGUUGCCGCAAUCUCGCCUCCGCGCCUGCCAGCACUGCAUCGGCCGGCUCGGUGCGCCUGCACGCUCCAAGAGCGCGCCGACCAGGAAGCGGGGCCAAGCUCGCCGGCAGUGUGGCUCGCGUCGAAACGCUCGCCUCCUGACGCACUUGUGCACGGCCGGGUCCCGACCCGAGAGGUGGACAGGCAGUCCUCGGUCAAGAAGCAGCUGGAGAGGGAGCAGUCGUCGGUCAAGGAGCAGCUAGAGAGGACCUUCGCCAUCAGUGACGACGCGUCAUCGCUCCUCGCGGCCGAGCUCUCCUGGGCGGCCGCCGAGGAGGAAGCCGCGGCGUCCGAGGCGGCGCUGCGAGGUGAGAAGCUAGCGAUCGUCCUCUCCGAAGAGACCGUCUCCCUCGGCGUCGGCGCGGCGAGGCUGCUGCUGGGCUGCGUCGCACUUGUCUACGGCUCCAACUACGCGUCGGUCAAGCUGCUCGACGAGUGGGUGGGAGCGCCGUCGCUCGGCGCACUCCUCCGCUUCGCGCUUUGCGGCUCCGUCCUCGCCCCGGCGCUGCUGCUCGCGGCGAAGCGGCGGCCGCGGCUGCUGAGCCUGCCGCUCGUAGCGAGCGGAGUCGAGGUCGGCGUGUGGAUGGCGCUGGGGUACGUGGCGGCGGCGCUGGAGACGUCGCCGGCGGGCGCCUUCCUCCUCUCGCUCACCGUCCUGGUCUGCCCGGCCCUUGAGACGGCGCUCGAGGCCGAGGGCGGCAGCCAAUCGCUGGUAGUGGCGGCGUGGCUGUGGUGCGGUGUCGUGACGACGGCGGGGUGCGGCUUCGCCGAGGCGCAGGUUCUGUCCACUCUCUCCGCGAGCGACGCGAUGGUCAUUUUCUCGACGGAGCCGCUCUGGGCGGCCGCCUUCGCGUGGUUCGCGCUGCACGAGGAGAUGAGCCCGCUGGGCUACCUCGGCGGAGGCGUCAUUGUCGCCGCCUGCAUUCUCUCCUCCGGAGCACUGGGCCCUUCGGACUCCGCCCGCGAGGGCGAGAUUGCGAUCUCCCCGUUGCCCGAGGGCGGGGCUGCGGGGAUUGCGCACAGGGGGGCGCCGGAGGUGGCGCCGGAUGACCGGUGGAGGAGCGAGCUCGAUGACGGCGGCGCCAAGGCGCGGUGAGGCACAGUUAAUACAGUACGACACUCGCAGGCGCUCCACCUAGAACGCCGAACUCCACCCACCACCCUCUCGUUUUGAGGGGGCAUCUCCGAUCUCGUCGUCGUUCACAAGCCGAAGCCCUCGUGUCUGCGUGUCCUUCCGGUCGCGUUAUGAGAAGCAAUUCUGAAAGAGC